CUCAGCAUAUACCGAUGAUUCCAACCAUGAUACAAGUAAUUACCACCAUGGUAUGAUAUGGUAAACUGAAUUCCACACCACAACAGAAUCACAUCUCAGCAUAUACCAGUAAUUACCACCAUGGUAAGAUAUGGCAAAAUUACAGCCAUGAUACAACAAUUACUACCAUGGUAUGAUAUGGUAAAAUGAAUUCCACGGUACAACAGAAUCACAUCUCAGCAUAUACCAAUGAUUACAACCAUGGUACAAGUAAUUACCACCAUGGUAUGAUAUGGUAAAAUGAAUUCCACACCACAACAGAAUCACAUCUCACCAUAUACCAGUAAUUACUACCAUGGUAAGAUAUGGCAAAAUUAAUUCCACACCAAAACAGAAUCACAUCUCAACAUAUACCAAAGAUUACAACCAUGGUACAAAUAAUUACCACCAUGGUAUGAUAUGGUAAAACUUAAAUACAGAGCACAAUAAUAUCACAACACAACACUAUAGUAUCACCUCUCAUCGUAUACCAGUAAUUACCACCAUGGUACCAAAUGGUAUCUAACACAUUCAAACUUCAAUUAACAAACAAAUUUGUAUAUCUUACCUCCUGAUUCACCAAAGUUAGGUGAAUGACCAAAUCCAAGAUCGCUAGAUGAAGAAGCGGUUCCAACAACGCUAGAUGAAGAACCAGAUCCUACAACACUAGAUGAAGAACCAGAUCCUACAACGCUAGUUGAAGAACCAGAUCUAUCGAAUGGAACAACAUCUCCACAAUUUAUGUAACUCAUCUCACCAGAAUACUGCAAAAACACCAAACCACAAAGAACAUGAACAAGCUCGAUUAGCUAAACAGAGCACACAAAGAAUCUCAGACAAAGUAAAAUCUACAAAACCUACAAAAAAACACUCUCGAUUAGCUAAACAUGAACAAGCUCGACUACUAAUUAUCGCAAUGAAAAACCUACAACGAAACCAGAGAUCAACAGAACGCUCAACGAAACCAAAGAUCAACAGAAGACUCAACGAAUCACGCCAGGUUAAAAGUUAAUGACAGAACAGGAAGAAUCAUAAAAACUAAUAUCUAACCGGAGAUAAACUCGCCGUCGAUUUAGGUAAUCCACCUAAGUUCUCGCCGUCGAUCAAUUAUGGAGAGAAAAAUUCUUCAUAGCUAUCCCCUGUUUCUAAGCUGCUGGUCGCACUUUCUCUCUCCAAAAAACCCAAUCCAGCUCGCCCAGAAAGAUUCGCAACGGAUAAAGAGGGAGAGUAAUUAAUUCAAAUAACGGACAAAAUGCCCUUGACCAUCACCGCAUCAAUCACAGCUACAAGAUGAGUCCGGCCCAGAUCGACGGUUGCUAUGUGGUUACUCACCCUAUCUAAUGCCUCCAAACCCUCCCAUUAACCCGACCGAGUUAUUUGAACUAAGAGGUUGUGAUUAUUGAUUUUAAAACCUAGCCUAGCCCCUUCCUUGCAUUUUCUUUUCCUCUACAAAACCCUCCUGAAACCCGACUUCACCCUGCCUUUCCUCUCGCGUCUCCAACUGUCUCUCCGCAUGCCGACCUCCACUUUCCCAGAGCCAGUCGCGUGCGCCAGCAUUCAAUGAUCCCUCCCCCCCUUCGUCGCUGUCGUCUGCUCCUUCCUCUUCUCGUCGGCUACAGUUUAUCGGCAGUGGCCCCUCUUUUUGGUGGCUCCGCGACAUUCCGCCCCUCCCCUUUCAUUAGUCGUCUUCUUGUGUUUUCAGGUAAGUUUGAGCAUCAAUUUGUUCUUCCUCUUGGAAAAUUGAAAUCUAGGGUUCUUGGUUUGGGAAAUUGGGGAUUUUUGAAAACUUGAAAAAAUUGGAGGGGAAAGUACCAAUAGAACGCAACUUUCUUGCUUCAUAGCAUGUUGUGAUAGUGUUGUUGCAAGAGAUAUAGUAUGGUGGGUGAAUUUUUUUUUUUUGCGCUUCCGGUUGAGUUGUGCCCACCAUGUGUUCGAUAGAAAGCCUUAAUGAACUUUUCCACUUUGAAUGUGAUUGGGCUUUCUUGAACUUCAUUCUUGGGCGCUAUGUAUUGACUUCCUCCCUGAUUUUAGUGUGAUUGUCGGUGGUUUUGAACCCUCUAGCAUGAUUGCCAUACCUGUGCUUUCUUACUAAUGGUUUUUUUGGCUUUUUUGUUUGCUUUUUGAUUGGUCGCCUUCUGUGUUGUCUAUGCAGGAUGAAUCAAGGCAGACACAGUGGUCGUGGUCAACAAGGCAAUUGUCGGGGUUGAGGCUGAGGUCGAGGCAGGGCCUUGGCCAAUGAACCAGUCGAUUCUCCAAUUCAGCAUGGAUGGUUCGACAUCAUGUUACUCAACCUGGAGGCUCGGGAGAGGAUGACUUUACUAUCUUUGCUACCUUUUGGCGAGCCUCGUUGUUUGGAUUCGGACACCGCGCACUUUGUUCGGGUUUUCAACUCCAUUAAUGACAUGCUUAGUGAUGGCUACUGGCGGGUAGUGUUUGAGAUCAAAGAGAUCAUAUACAGGGAGCUCACAUUGGAGUUCUUGGCUUCUUUCACCCCUACCAAGGCAGCUUUGAAGAACUUCUACUUGCCCAAUGGCUUACUUUUCACCUUGGUGUUCAGCUCUACACUAUGUCUCUUACCUAGUUCAGCGUCGCUAUGGUAUUGUACUCCGAGGACUUUAUUCACACCGUCCUCUACCGUCUCCUUGGGAUUGAGAAGAAAUUCACGACAUUAGCCCUUUUAGAUUAGCGAUGGCAGGAUACUCUUAUUGUGGGUCUUUCUUUUGAGUAGCGCAAUGCCAAGGCGAGCAUGCUUCAUCAUGAUUUUGGCUACUCCAUAACGUCUUGAGCCACAUGCUUCUCCCUCAACGUGGCAGCUUGGAUGCCAUUAGCAACCUUCAUCUUGCCAUUUUCACCUAUCUUGCAUGCUCCAUGCCUAUCUAUGUGCGCCACUCUCUUGUGAGGACCUUACACAACAUCAGCACCAGGUCAAACAUUAGCCUGGUUCGUGGCGGGGCCUUUGUCAUUCGCCUUGCUCGGCGCCUUAGCCUUGAUCUAGUGACAAUGGGGUGUACGCCUGUUGGCCGCACCAUCCCCCUCUCUCUUGAGCAUUGGCAGUCCAUGACUAAGCAAGAUCCACCUUCUGUGUAAUUCAACGAGGAUGGCCACUAUGACGCCUCCCCCAGAGUUCCAUUGGACGAUCAGCCACUUGCACCGCCCUGACCUGCUCGGACUCGUGAGCACUUCCGCAUCCGGUGGUUGCGCCCUUUGCGCACUGGUACGCGCACCUUGACUGACUUGAGUCCACUAAGGAGCUCAUCCUCCAGCAUCUCGCCGUCUCCUAUGUGCCUUUCCACCACUCUUCUGUGGCCUCUAAUUCUGGUGGCGGACCUUCUCUCACCCAGGCAACAGUAGGAUGACGACGACUGGCCUGACGAGGGUGACUAUGCUAGCUCUGAUUGAUCCCACCGCGGGCUGCUGCUUUGUGUGUUUUGUUUCCUUUUCAGACUCAGACUUUGCGUCCUUUUUCUUUCUAUCUUCUUUUGGAUUGUGAACUUGGAACUAUGGUUUGGUUUGUCUAUCAUCCAAUGUGUCGAUUUGAUGUUUUAGUUACAUGCCUCCUGACUGGUCCACUCUCUAGUCCUUUUGCAUUCGUUUCUCCUGGUAACAUCGUUCCCCUUAUCCUUCCCUCUUCACCAUUGAGGGCAAUGUCGAUCUUAAAGUGUGGGAAGGUGUUUCUCUUUGACUACAAAAUGUGUUUAUAUGCUUGGAGCCUAGUCCACUGUCCAAAUUUUAUAAUUUGUGGCCUCCAAGUACAGAUGUUUGAAUGAUCAUAUUGCCACAGUGUUUGUUUGUGGUGAAUCGAUUGACUAUUGGCAUUAAUGCAUGAAAGACUUGUUUGUGAUUGGGACAACCUAUAAUGAUGACUGAGACGUGCUGUAGAGUCGUAUAGGGUUCAACUUUUAAAUUGUCUGCUUACCAACUACGACUAGGAUUGAUCACUGAUUUAUAGUCCUUUAUGCAUCUAGUUCAGGGAAUCAUAAUUAGAGACGGAGAAUAUAGGUAGCCAUGUGAU